AUGUCUGUGUCUGUAGUUCAAUUCCCGUCAACGGACCCGAGGCUGCAGCUUGCCCUGUCUUUUCGCCUGCUCGCGCGCUUGGCGACCACUCUGCGACUGUCUCUGGACGUGAAAGUGAUGCAGGACAUGGUACUGCCGAUGUCGGGUGCGCAGCACUCCGAUGAAGACAGACUCAGCCAUACAGUGGAGCGCCCAAGGGAGGAGCCGGGUCAGAGCAUGGCGACGACUUUGGAGGCCCCAGAGAGUUCUUCAGUUCCUGAACCCGAGCCCGAGAGCUUCAUGGAGCCUUCGGAGAACUGGCUCGCCGUUUUGCAUGCCUGGGAUCUACUGCAGUCCUGGUUGGGAAGACUUUGCCACGCGGGUGAAAAGUUCAUGUGGCUGAGCGUGUUUGGCCUGGAUCUGUUCGUCGUCAUUGCCAUGAUGCUGUUCAUGGAAUCAAUCGGCGGCAAGCGGCCGCACAGAUCUCGACUCCUGUCUAAACGUGAAGCCAAGGAGUUGGCAAAAAAGGCAGCUGCCGCAGCUGCCGCUGGCACACCGAUCCCGACCCCAACAUCUGCAGCCGGACGGGAGAGCUCACAGUGGCUCGCAUGGCUGUCGCAGGAGGAACUGCUCGCGGCUUUGCUGAAGGAGCACUGGUUCAAGUUCGCUGUAGGUCUUGGCCUAGCCAUCGUCGUUCGCCUGCUGCAACGAGUGAUGUCCCAGGAGAGCUUGACGUACCACCUCAUCGUUAACGUCACCAUGACCCUGCGCUUUGUUGGGCUAGCUCUGGUGUUGUUGCGUGACGCAAUGCUCUCUCCAAAUCCGGAAGACGUGGCCAGGGAGGCCGUCAAUGUACUAGCAGAGCGAGGUGUGUCGAGCCGCUGA